AACCCCGGAUAGGGACGGCUGCCUCCGCCUCUGCCUCCUCUCCCCUCCUCGUGGGUUUUGUUCACACCCGCACGCAGGUUUCUCCAUCCCUCCUCCGCCUCCGUCUCGUCGGGCUCUCGCCGCGCGGCGCGGCCUACCUACCUACCUAUACCCCUCGUCCCGUGACCUCGUAAACCCCCCACCCCCACCACGGGGAAUUUGGGUUUUCCCCCAAACCCCCCCCCCUCUCUCUCUCUCUCUCUCUCUCUCUCUCUCUCUUUCCAUUUGCUGUGCCCGGAUCCCGCAUGGCCACCGGCGGCGGGGUCUAGGAGGAGGAGGAUGAUGGCGGGCGGUGGGGGUGGGGGAGGGGGAGGGACGCUGGCGGCGGCGAUGGCGAGGGCGGCGCCGGGGGCGGCGGCGAUCCCGGCGGGGGCGGUGGCGCGCGCGGAGGAGGCGGCGGGCGAGGUGGUGCGGCGGGUGCGGCCCACGGAGGCAUCCGAGCGGCGCCGCGCGGCGGUCGUCGGGUACGCGCGGAGGCUCGUCGGCACCGCGCUCGGCUGCGAGGUCUUUGCAUAUGGAUCAGUUCCAUUGAAGACUUACCUUCCUGAUGGGGACGUUGAUCUGACUGUACUCGGCAAUACAUCUUAUGGUAGUACUUUAAUUGAUGAUAUCUACCACAUCCUUCAGUCAGAAGAGCAGAAUUGUGAUGCUGAAUUUGAAGUAAAGGACUUGCAACUGAUCAAUGCUGAGGUCAGACUUAUUAAAUGCACUAUUGAAAAUAUUGUCGUUGACAUCUCAUUCAACCAAACUGGUGGAAUCUGCGCACUUUGCUUCCUUGAGCUGGUUGACCGUAAAGUUGGAAAAAAUCAUCUAGUCAAGAAUAGCAUUAUAUUAAUCAAGGCAUGGUGUUAUUAUGAAAGUCGUCUACUAGGAGCUCAUCAUGGACUGAUAUCAACUUACGCACUGGAAACUCUUAUUCUUUACAUAUUCAAUCUAUUCCACAAAUCUCUCCAUGGCCCUCUGGAGGUUUUAUAUAGGUUUCUGGAGUAUUUCAGCAAGUUUGACUGGGACAACUAUUGCAUAAGUUUAAAUGGCCCUGUUGCAUUAUCGUCUUUGCCAAAUCAAAUUGUCGAAGCAACAAAUACACCUGGCAGUGAUUUGCUGUUUGACAAAGAGUUCCUCAAUAACUCGGUGCAAAAAACAGAUUCUAAUGCAUGCAAUACUGAGUUCCGUUCAAAAUAUCUGAACAUAAUUGAUCCACUAAAGGAACACAACAAUCUUGGCAGAAGUGUGAACAAAGCCAGCUUUAAUCGUAUUCGGACUGCUUUUUCGUAUGGUGCUCAGAAGCUUGGUCAAGUUCUCUUGUUACAACCAGAACUUAUUCCUGAUGAAAUUUAUGGAUUUUUCAAGAAUACAUUGAAUAGGAUUGGAAGUGGAGUAAGGCCAGACAUUGGAGAUGAAAGCUAUAAUGAUGCAUUUCGUUGUGAGUCCUUCCUUGGUCCUGGCAAGGCAUUGUGGGAUGAGAUGUCGAGCAUGAAAAUUUCCUGCAAUAAUCAAGAUGAGAACAGAGGUCCUCACCAUCUUUCAAAGUGCUUAGUUAACAAUGACUCAUAUGCCACCUUGAAUGUGCCUACACAUUUUCAUGGAGAUCACAUGGUAGCAUCAAGUACUGAUUUGAGUCUAAAAUCGUCCUGUUUCAUCCAAGAGACACCAAAUCAGUAUCCUUUGUUUUACCUAGAAGAUGGCAAUGGUAGCAGCGAACAGUACUUGGACCAUGAAAUGGUGGAACAGGCAUCUUGUUGUACAGCUGAAACCUGCCAUGCGAAUGAAGAACCAUCAAUGCAUCCACAAGUUUAUCCAAACAAUACGUUACAUACAUUUUACUCAAGUUUGGCCAAUAAUUUGGAAUAUUCCAAAUCUGGUCAGUCAGACAUGACAAAUUCGAGUAUAAAUGUUGCCCAUGAGGAAAAACAAAAAUUUUCUCCCUCCCCAUUGAGCUUGGUGGAUCUAUCAGGUGAUCUAGAUUUGCAAUUGAGAUGCCUCCGCCAAGUUCAGUAUCACCUAGAAUACAUGUUUGAUGGUUUUUUGCAGUCUGUUCAAGAAGCAUCUUCUGACUGUAAGGUUGCAAGGGACUCGUUUGAAAUUCCAGCUGUUAACAUCACAUCGAAUUCUGAUGUGGUGCUGCCAGGUCUGUUAUCACCUUCAUCUACUGAAACUGAUGAGAGGAGAUUAUCUCCAGUUUCCUCUUCUCAUAGCACCGAAGAUUCUUCACAGCAGUCACAUGAUGAGAGCAACUGGGGUGCGUCUUGUCAGCAGAACUUUUUAUUAAUACCCUCUCAAACAAUUGCUCCAACCAAUGGACUGUCACCAUGUUCUUCUUAUGCUAAUUCAGAUAAUUCUGUUCAAUUGUAUGAUAGCUCAGAUGAUAUCUCCAAUAUGCAUGAAACAGAUCAACAUAUUCUCCAAAAGCACAUGGUAUCUUUAGGACAGAACAAGACACUAAUCAAUCGACAAGUGAGAGUUAAAAGCAAUCAAGCAUCAGUUCCAAAAGGAAAAUUUUCCAUUUGUAAGGAGCAAAUAACACAAGACACUGCAACCAAGGACAUAAAGUUAAGCCGGCAUUUGAGAGUCAAGGACAGUGAGCAUGAAUAUAUAAGCACUGCUAAGAAGAUUUCGAGCUAUAAUUGUGACACUUGCUUAGAAUGUGUCAAACCUGAAAGUGAAGCAAUGAUACCAAGGCAUUACAAGCAUGCCCGCUCAAGCAAGAACUCAUUUGAGCAUCGGAUUUAUGAUAUUGACAUGGGGUUUGCCCGAUCUGGUAGUUCACGGAAUCAAAUGCCAAAAUAUCAAUCACUGAAGAAUCAGGAUAUGUCAAGCUUAAAUGUCCAAAAAGAGCAUGAAAUUAACUGGCCCAGAAAACAAAUGCCAUCCGAGCUGUUGAAGCUCCAAAACAGUCUACGUGGCAGGGCUUGCUCAAACAAGAAAUUAGCUGCAAAACAAAUUAACAAUAAUCACAAAGAACAUCUAUCUUUUGUAAGGGAUCCAGAACAGAUGCCAUAUAAUCAGGUUAACUCAAACAAAGAGUUUGAGACUGUUGGCAAAUCCAGCCAAUUAUUGCCACGGGUACAGCUCUCUCUUCAUAACGACAGAAGCCUUACAGCAUCUACUUGUCAGUCCUCAUUCCCUGUGACAAAAGGAUCUACUCAAUUCAACGACUUGGAGAUGCCUUCACUAGAAAAUAUUGAGUUUGGAACUUUGGGGUCUUUUUCAUUGACACUUGUGUCACCAAAAUCGAAUAAGAAUCCCAACACACACUCAACCAGUAAGACAUGUGCCGAUGCUGCUGCAUUGGCAUUGCAAAGCCAUCCAACACAAAGCAGGUCACCAGGAUUCUACAAAGUUGGAGAUGAAGAUCACUUCCCACCUCUCCGUGCUGGGACUCGCUGAGACUUUCGGUACAUACACAGAUGAUACAGUUGAUCAUAGGUUUAGAGAACUAAAAGGUAAAGAGAAGAGCUAACAGGUUGAGCUUUUUUCAUAACCUCAGGAGAGCGCAAAUGCGAGGAUUCUAAUAGCAUAUAUAUUCGUCCAUGUAAAGUUCUGUCGAUCUCUUGUCCUCCUCAAUUGUCUAUAGUUAGGCCAAGAAGGCUAAUGGGUAGCAACUAAUUAUACCAUUGUAGUUCUUUUACCUUAAGUUUAACUUGAAAGAAGAAAAAAUCGGGGGAAUAUGUUAGCUUAAUCUUAAGCAUUCUCUUGUUGCUCUA